AAGUGGUUGAGCAACAGUCGCGAGGUAAUGUAGGCAGUUCCUGCUAGUGACAGAGCAAAAGAGAUCCAAGAUUUAGACCUAGACAAAGACGUUCUUCCCAUUGAUCGUGCACUUGGGGUGCAAUGGAAUGUUGAGUCCGAUAUGUUCUGUUUCAAGGUCCACCUCAAGGAACGUCCACUUACCAGGAGGGGGAUGUUGUCUAUGAUUAGCAGCGUGUAUGACCCUUUGGGAUUCCUGGCGCCAUUUAUGCUUCAAGCUAAGAAUCUUUUGAAAGAUCUGUGUAGGUUAGGUCUAGGCUGGGAUGAUCCUGUCCCAGAAAAAGUUGUCGAGCGGUGGUAUCUGUGGCUAAAUGAUGUUCAAAAGCUAUCCGACUUCAGCGUUACUAGGUGUUUGAAGCCAUCACUGUUUGGAAAAAUUACUUCCGCUGUCCUACAUCAUUUUUCUGAUGCCAGUGAAAGUGGAUACGGAAUUGUCACAUAUCUCAGAUUAGAUUCAGAUGAAAGAGUUCAUUGCUCAUUUGUGAUUGGAAAAUCGCGUGUUGCGCCGUUGAAACAGGUCACAAUACCGAGAUUAGAACUUACAGCUGCUACAGUUGCUGUUCGCACAGACAGAAUGGUGAAAUCGGAAAUUGACAUUCCGUUGAAUGAUUCAGUGUUUUGGACUGAUAGUAUGUCGGUUCUUCGCUACAUUAUGAAUACCACAUCAAGAUUUCACACAUUCGUAGCUAAUAGACUAUCGGUAAUUCAUGAAGGUUCGAACCCCGUCCAGUGGCGGUAUGUGAGCACGAAGCUCAACCCAGCAGACAUUGCUUCCAGGGGUAUUCCAGCAACUGACCUCUCGAGGCAUUGGAUUGAAGCACCAGAAUUUUUGUGGAAGUCCAUAUUACCGGAAACUACCAUUCAGGUAUCAGAUUCUCUACUUGAUGAUGACCCCGAGGUUAAGAAAAUAAACUUCGUGAAAUCAGUUACAAACAAUGUUACUUUUGAAUCAGUUGAAGAGGAUCCAAUUCACAAACUAAUAUUACACUAUUCUUCAUGGCUAAGACUUAAAAGAGCAGUAGCCUGGAUACUUAAGGUUCGCGCAAAGUUGUUGCAACGCGUAAAGUGUAAGUCUAGUUCGCAAAGUCAUUUUUCUAGUGACAUUGACCGUGGUUGUCCUGACAUAACAGUUCAUGACUUAAAUCUAGCUGAAAUAAUUGUCAUCAGUUAUACUCAGAAAAAUGCAUUCCCAGAGGAAAUCGCGACUCUCGCGUCCGGAAAGUACAAAUUGAAAAGAGACAGUUCGAUAAGAAAUCUUGACCCUGUUCUUGAUGAUGGACUUUUGCGUGUUGGAGGUCGUUUAAACGAGUCAUGUAUGCCAAUUGAAAGCAAAAAUCCUAUCAUAUUGCCAAAAAACUGUCAUGUUUCUAGUCUAAUAAUGAGACAAAUUCAUCAAGAUCUCAACCAUGUUGGUCGAAACCAGAUGCUUUCGAAAUUAAGAGAAAGAUUUUGGCUGAUCAAUGCACCGUCAGCUAUCAGAAAAAUCAUUUCAAAAUGUGUAGUUUGUAGACGACAGCGAGGCAGCGUUGGUGAACAAAAAGUGUCCGAUUUGCCUGAAGAUCGAGUCACGCCAAAUGAACCACCUUUUACGCGCGUAGGUGUGGAUUACUUUGGACCCUUUGAGGUUAAGCAAGGAAGAAGCUAUGUAAAACGUUAUGGUGUUAUCUUUACGUGUUUAGCAAGUCGAGCUGUUCAUUUGGAAGUUGCCGCGUCUCUAGACACUGACUUGUACAUCAAUGCAUUACGUCGUUUUAUUGCUCGUCGCGGACAAGUGACAAAAAUGCGGUCUGAUAAUGGAAGUAAUUUCAUUGGUGCCAAUAAGGAACUCAAGAAAGCGAUUACUGACUGGAAUGUGUGUCAGAUUCAUGACGCAAUGUUACAGAAAAACAUAGAUUGGCAGUUUAAUCCUCCAGCAGGCUCGCAUCAUGGAGGCGUCUGGGAACGAAUGAUUAAGACUGUACGUCAAACUCUAAAUAGUGUUGUGAAGGAGCAAACUCUUAAUGAUGAGUCCUUACAUACUUUGUUUUGCGAAGUUGAGUCUAUAAUCAAUGAUAGACCAAUUACCAGGAAUUCAGAUUCACAUAAUGACCUUGAGACGUAAACCCCAAAUCACCUUCUUCUUAUGAAACGUAAGCCAAGUUUACCUCCAGGAAUCUUUGCGAAAACAGAUAAUUACACCAGACGUCGCUGGAGACAAGUUCAGUACAUGACUGAUCUGUUUUGGCAUCGAUGGACUCGAGAAUAUUUACCUCUACUUCAAGAACGUCAGAAGUGGUGUGACGUCAAAAGAAAUUUAUGCGUUGGUGAUGUUGUACUAGUUGUAGAUUCUAACGCGCAAAGGAAUUCGUGGUUGAUGGGUAAAGUAACAGAGACUAUUCCAGAUAGAUUAGGCCAUGUUAGGCAAGUGAAGUUGAAAACUGUGUUCAAUACGAGCUUGGUACGUCCAGUUGACAAGCUAUGCUUGCUUCUUGAAGCGGAAACAUAGAUUGCUUCACUGUUCUUAAGGGGCAUAAUAAUCCCCGUGAAACAAUCUUGAUAACAAGUAGUAUUCAAUAUCUUGUAAAUUUUUCUAGUCAGCAAGAGAAACAGUUUAAUUAUUGUGAUCGAUAUAAACUAGUCUAAACUGUUGUUACAGAAGAAAUUGAACUAUGUGUGUUGUUUCAAGAGAAAAUUGAACUACUUGAAGGAACUACCUUAUACAUGCAUGUUUGUCUAUUGAACUAUCUGAUAUGUUGAACUAUUGUAUGUUGAGCUAAAUAACUGAUGAGGCAUUUAUAGCUUAAUUUUUUUUUUUUUUUUUUUUUUUUUAAAUUUUUAUUUUUGAAGAUAUUUGAAAGGCCUUACUAGAGAAUUACUUGAGAAUUCAUAUGUUGUAAACUUUAGUUUGAGAAUACAGUGUAUUUUGUAAAAUACCUUUAAUGUCUUUAAAUUAUGCACAUGGUUCAAACCUCAAGAAUUUAUUUUUGCAAAUUGAGUUACUCUAUCUUAAGUUUUGAAGUUGUGUUGAGUAAUUGUGUCAGAUGUUAUCUUCACAAUUAAGGGGCUGGGAUGUAAGUGCCACUCGUAACGGUCGGUACUUACCGGCAUUUAGUCAUUUUGUGAGACGACAACGAUAAUGUUGCUUUGAUUUUCGUUAGCAGUUUAGCCAUGUUUCCAGAGUAUUUUUUUUCUAGAAAAUUGUUCGUUUUUUGUACUGAAAAGGUUCAAAUACAUGUACUAUAAUUUGUCAAUCGUAACAUAACGAACUGGAUAUAACACCAUGCAGCAUGAUGUAAUAAAGAUCAUUUUGAAACAGUUACGCAUUGUCAAUUGGUCUUGAUAUUUGAACAUUUACCAGCCAGUACAUGCUAUGCAUGCAAUAUCUUUAACAGUUUGAGAGAAGAACAUGUCUAAGACAUUUGUCCACCAUUUCUUACUCAUUUACAAUGGGAAGUUGUCUGUGAGCACAAGUCAUUUCUUGUAAAGAAUGCAGGAACACUUAAAAGGUUAACUGAACACCAUUACAUGACUGAAAUACUGUUGCAAAAUUGAAUCAUAUUGAAACAAAAAACAAAAAAAGGAAAUUUUGCUCCAUAAAUGCAUAACAAAAAUAAAAUUUGUGAUAGUGUACUGUAUAUUAUAUGGAAAAAAAAUUCCUUUUCAGAUUGAUGUACCUCUCUAUCAAAUUAUGAAAUGCCAUAUUUAUUUAUAAAUGAAUAAAACUGUUGUCAACUUAUAAAAAUUUCUGUUAACAUUAAUAAAUUAUUAGAACUUAAA